CGGUCCAGUAUAUGUAUUGCCGGUUGGCGAGCUGCUGCUGCACAUACCAGACCAAACGCUUCACGCGACACAUAAUGAAUAGCUCCCUGGCCAUUUUUGCCUUCGUGGCGAUUGCACUUGCCGUGGCCCAACAGCCGGAAGAAACGACCGUACCCGGUGCCGGUGGCAAGAAGCCAAAUGCCGGCGGUCCUGGCGGUCCCGUAAACUUGGAGCAACGUACCGUCGACUACCAAAACCAACUGCUAGCAACCGCAUUCGCCCGCACCUUUCCCGAGGACACACCAGCCGAAUUUCAACCGCUGGUGGUAGCACUGUACGUCCGCUGUCAGGCCGAGCUGGACAAUUGUGCGGACUUUUUAUGGGAAACACAUCUGCUGCGGGAGUAUCGUAACUGUGCCAUGACGCAACGGCGUCUAUGCACGCAAGAGAUGCAGGAGCUGCAGGCCCAACUGCAAGCAAUGGCCGAUACGAACAACGAGCAGUUUGAACUAUCGCCGGAAGAGCAGGAAGUUCUGUCGCAGCUUGGCUUCUAGAG